AUGCCCUCAAGUCCAAGAAGUCAGCCAAUUCCAGCAAGAAAAGAAUCUUCCAUCCCCAGCAGCCACCAUGACCGCCACGCAUCCUUAGCAAACUCCUUCCUCUCCACUUCGCCUCUUGCCCAAGAAGUCCUGGCACGAGACCUUGCAGCUUUCUCCGAUGACGAAGACAUACCCGUCGACACAGAAGCAGUUGACGGAUCUGACCAUGGAGAAGACGAUGCCACCCAAGGACCAACUCUGUACCGCCGGCCAAGCGGGAUAGCCUUUGGGACUACCCGCCCAGCUCUUGCUCUUCCCUUGGGACAUGAUGAUCCCGCCUUACUCACCCGCACUGAGCGAGCCCGCAGCCGUGAUGCUGAACGGUCUUUGCUGAGGGACAAUCAUAUUCUUCCGCCUAAACACCACCAUGAGCCACCACCAAAAGGCAUCGCCGGCCAGUUCUCCCGGUUGUACAAACGACUCUUCAGCACCAAGGUCCCUCUUCCGUCCAGUGAUGAGGAAGCACCUCGCAUCAUCAUCGGUCCGGAUGAGCGGGCUCCCUUGCUGGGAAGCACCUCUCGUCAUCCAUCAGAUGCCCCGGAAAAUCUCAACGAGCAAUGGGAAGCUGCCGUGGCGGCAGGACAAAUCCGCACCACCUGGCAGCGGGAGGCGAAAACUAUUGCUGGUUAUUCCAAAUCACUGAUUGUCACCUUUUUGCUGCAGUACUCCUUGACAGUAACGUCCAUCUUUGCUGUUGCAAGACUAGGAACUGUCGAGUUAGGAGCAGUGACAUUGGCUACCAUGACAGCAAACAUCACCUGCUACGCUCCUAUCCAGGGUCUGGCCACGAGUCUGGAUACCCUCUGUGCGCAGGCGUUUGGAUCUGGGCACAAGACCCUAGUGGGGCUGCAGAUGCAGAGGAUGGUGUACUUUUUGAUGUUGGUGCUCGUGCCGGUGAUGGGGGUGUGGUGGAAGUCGGAGGAGAUAUUGAUCAAACUGGGAAUUGAAGAGGCGAGCGCGGCGUUUGCGGGGAUUUAUCUCAGGACGAUUGUGUUGGGUGCGCCGGCGUAUGCUAUAUUUGAAGCAGGGAAACGGUUUGUCUUGGCCCAGGGACUGUUUCAUGCUACUACGUAUGUGCUGCUUGUGGCGGCGCCGGUGAAUGUUCUGUUGAACUUUUUGUUUGUGUGGAAGCUGGGUUGGGGGUUUAAGGGCGCUCCGAUGGCGGUGGCUAUUACGCAGAAUUUGUUGCCGUUGUUGUUGGGGCUAUAUGUGUGGAAGGUGGAGGGGAAGGAGGCGUGGGGAGGGUUUAAGAAGGGGGCCUUGAGGAAUUGGGGACCGAUGAUUAGGUUGGCGUUGCCGGGGAUGAUUAUGGUUGUGGCGGAGUGGUUCGCUUUUGAGAUUUUGACGCUGUUGUGUGGGAGGAUUGGGGUGACGACGCUGGCGGCGCAGAGUGUGUUGGUUACUAUUACUUCGACAACUUUUCAGAUUCCGUUUCCGUUGUCGAUUGCGGGCUCGACGAGGGUUGCGAAUUUGGUGGGGGCUAAGUUGGUGGACGCUGCGAAGACUUCGGCCAAGGUGACUGUAUUUGGAGGCUUUCUCGUGGGGGUGUUUAACCUGACGAUGCUGACGGUGUUUCGGUAUCAAAUCCCGCGGCUUUUUACUGACGAUGAGGAUGUCAUCAACUUGGUUGCGAAGGUCCUUCCUGUUUGUGCGCUGAUGCAGGUCUUCGAUGGCAUGGCUGCUGUCUCUCAUGGGCUGCUGCGUGGUAUUGGCAAGCAAGAAUUCGGAGGAUACGCCAACUUGGUCUGUUAUUAUGUCGUGGCGCUGCCCAUAUCCUUUGGCUUGGGCUUUGGCCUGGACUGGAAGUUGACUGGCCUCUGGAUCGGCGUCACGAUUGGCCUAGGCCUCGUGUCGUUGGUUGAAUAUGCGUUUAUCUGGGCAUCUGAUUGGGAUCAGGCAGCCAAAGAGGCUGAGAACAGAAACAACGCCGGCUGA